AUGGAGCAAGAAAGCGCACAACAGAGUCGCUCUCCUCGCCCUCUAGUCAUACCGCUACCGGGCGAAUUGCCUGAUGUUAGGCGCGAUGCUGCGAAGGCAUUCGAAGUUCUUCGGUCCGGUGGGGUCAUAAUUACCCCCACGGAUGUCGGAUACGGCAUGAUGGCAGCUAGUGUUGAGGCAAUUGAGCGAGCGUUCGCCGCCAAAGGACGUCAGGCUGGCCAUUCUAUGGGUAUCAUUGGCACUUACGAGCUCCAUGAAAAGCUGCACAGCCUUCCACCCGAAAAGUUUCGUCUAACACGGACAUUCUCGGAAGAUUUAGGACUGACGAUUGCUGUUGUUGCGAAAAUGAAAGAUUCUAUCACGGAUUUGUUACCUGAACAUUUGCUGCCUAGUUUGGAUAAGAUAACGAAAGAUGGCACAUUGGGUUUAGCUAUUUGUGAAGGACCAUUCCAGCGAGAACUUGGCAGAUUGAAUGAUGCGAGUGGUCAAGUCAUGAUUGGCAGUAGUGCUAAUUUGACUGGCCAGGGUCAAAAGUUCCAGGUCGAGGAUAUUGAGAUUGCGGUUCUCGAGGUGACCGAUCUCGUCGUUAAUUAUGGAAGACAAAAAUGGUACCUAUAUGGACGAGCUGGAACCGUGAUAGACCUGGAUAACGAGCGAGUAUUGCGUAUUGGUGCGAACUACGAUGUCAUCGGUGAACGUCUGGCUAAUUGGUUUGGAUGGUCUGUGCCCGAAGAUCCUGAGUUUGACACAAAGGAGAAGAAGCGAGUGGGGGUCUCAAUUAAUUUGAGCAAAAAUGAAGCCUGCAUGUAA